ACAAGAACUUUGUGAAGUAUACACUCAAUUUCUUUGUGUCUUUGACAUUACUAAGCCUGUUUAUUCUCUUGAUCUUGACUUUGUUCUUUGUUUUGUGCAUUUUGUCUACUCUCUGACAUCCUGUUUAUUGAUCCCCUGACCUCUGCCUCUCCCUGGUUUUUUGAUUAUUGCUCUGUCUGCCACUCUGCCACCAAACUUCCUUUAGAACAUGCCGGAACGAGGUAAGCUUGGUGGCAGAGUGUCUGAGAGAGUUCUGUGCGUACCCUGCCCAUGGGAGGAAUUGUGCCCAGUCCUCCUGGUUGUUGGCACAGAAAGUGUGCAGGAAGCGUCCGAUCUCUACUUGGCCAUUGUAUUGAGGGUGAUAGCCAGACAUCAAGCUUACCGAAACUCCCAGUUUAUCCCUUGUUCCCUGGAAUGCUAACCCCACUGCCUCACCUGCGGUGGACAGCUGGUUCUUGAGACGUGUGUCCUUUUCCACUGAACAACCUUCAUCAUCCACUUGUGUGUGCUGGGUCUGCUUAAGGACCGUCAUCUUGUCCCUAGCGAGGUCAUCAUGGCUGCAUCACACACCGGACAGGCAGGUGAGUUUCAACACAUGAUGGAGCAGCAUCUGUUCAUACUCCUGUUUUUCACAGGAGUCGUCCCCCUCGUCCAGUCUGUCUCUCGUAAGUACUAUCUGAUCCACCAGGAGAAAACAUGGAGUGAGGCUCAGGCUUACUGCCAAGCCGAACACACUGACCUGGCUAUCAUCGCAAGUAAUGAUGACAUGGUUCAACUUCAGAAUGAAAUACAGAGUGAACAAUUCAGUUCCAUUGCUUGGAUUGGACUGUACAAUGACAUCAACAGCUGGCGCUGGUCUCUUGGAAAUGAGCCACUGGGAAGUAUGAGAACGUGGUAUCCAGAACAGCCUGACAACUACUAUGCACGUGAUGAGUGUGCUGUGAUAAGUCUGAGUGGUUGGUUUGAUGAACUGUGUACGUACCUAUUUCCCAUCGUGUGCUUUGAUGACACUCAAACUGGCAAUCAGAGCUACAUUUACAUCUCUAAUACCUUUACAUGGCAUGAAGCUCAGGCUUACUGCAGAACGCAUCAUACAGAUCUGGCCAGUGCUAGAGAUGAAACAGAAAACUCAGUUAUAAUGGGACUGACCCCUGACUGGACUUGGUUUGGUCUGUUCAGAGACUCCUGGAAGUGGAUAGACCAAACCAACUUCUCUACCAUCAGCUGGAUGCCUGGAGAACCUGAUAAUGCCCUGUGGAAUGAAAACUGUGGUUAUUUUUAUAAUGAUCAGGUUUCUGAUGCACAGUGUUCAGCCAUAAUGCCUUUCUUCUGUUACUCAGUAAUCACGGGACAACAACAAAUCCUAAGGGUGAAAGUCCGGUCCAAUCAGGAUGUGAAUGAUCCUGCAGUAAAGGUGGCCAUCUUAGAGCAGAUCAAGCAGAAACUAAAGGAUCAUGGGAUGGCAGAGAACAUCACAUUGAAAUGGAGAGAGCAGCCAGAUGGAAAGGUGUUUCACAAGGAGAUAGAAAAUAACACUACAUAAAAAAGAGAACUCUAAGCCUUUAGCUGAAUCUCAAACUGAAAGUAGCUAUUUUAGUGAGAGUAAUAUGAUCAAACUGUGCAGAGGUGGAAAAAGUACUGAGAAGUUAUACUUAAGUGAAAGUGUAGAUAAUGUGUCAGUAGCUUACUCAAUUAAAAGUGGAAGUAUCCUGUCAAAAAAAGUAAAAAAAAAAAAAAAAAAGUUUAAAAUGUUUUUUGUAAUGUAGUCAAGUAGUAAAAAGUAAAUGUUUUUAACUGAUGAAAUUCAGUUAUUGUGAUUUCUUCCUGUGAAAAGAAACUUUUAUGACUUAUUUAAACCUGUUAAAAGACGAGGUUUGUUUGAAAGCAGUUCCGCACUCAGUGCGAGGGGGAAAUACCCGACACACUGACUGGGGGAAAGAACAACAGAUUUGUUCAACAAGUACUUUGAAAGUGUAAAAAGAAAAUUAAAUAAAUUAAAAAUUACGUUUUCUUGUAAAAUAUAAUUAAUAACACUUACGUAAAGUAUAAAUACACCAAAAUAAUACUUUAGUAUAGUGAGGAAAUACAGUUACUGAAGGAAUUUCCACCGCUGACUCUGGGAAGUUUAAUGAGAGUUCACUAUUAAAGGGAUGGUGAAGGAAAAAGCUCUUUACACUAAGUUUCUAUUUCAGUAUAUUUCUAAGGUAAUAUUUGUAUUUUUCAUUUAGCUGUCUAUAAUGUCUCUUUCCUCAAAAUGUAGUUGAUCAGCUGAGGGUCUUUACUUCUUUAGAUGCUAAUGUAGCUAAUAUGUAAUGAAAGUCUAUCUCACCCAAAAUAUUUUCGGUAAAAAUACACUCAAAUCUUUGUAUACUCACUUCAAAUGACAUUUUUAGAUCUGUAAUCUUGUGUAACUCAUAUAUAGAUGUUCUUAUUGCUUUCCUUAUCAUGAGCAUUAACUAACUGUUCUAUUCCUGAUGCAGUAGAGUAUGUGAUGUGAGAAUCAGGGAAUAAUGUGCAGGAUAUUUCCCUCUGCUGAGUCUCUCCUGCUUCCUCCUGAGCUCCAUCUGCAGGAGCUCCACUGUGGUCCUCGUUUCACUCACUGGGCUCUAAAGCUCUGAUGAUGUCUGUAAAGUUGCUCUGAAACAUUCUCUACUGUAAAAAGCUCUAUAACAAUACUAUUCUAUUCACAGCUCAUGAUACACCCUGUCCACGCAAUCACGUUUAACAUCACACUGCUCACUAAACAAUAAAUCUGUUUCCUGUAUAUUAGCUACACUAAUAAUUUUAAUAACUCUGAGACCUUUACUUCUUAAUUUUAUUGUUUUCAGGAUUGGACUGAUACAGAAAAUGUCAAUUUCAGCAUUUUAAUCAUCUGAUUCUAUAACAUAUUUACAUGAUGAUCAUUUAAAUAAAGAA